AUGGAUCCUGGUGUGAGGCUGGGGACUCCGGCUAGCGGUUUCACGAAUUUCGAGGACGAGGAUGAUGACGGGAUGGAUGAUAUGGCUAGUCUGGCGCCGGAUGAUAGCGCUAGUCAGAUUAGCUUCAAUCGACGCGUGCGGAAGAGGAAGGAGAGGAGGACGCCGGCGCCGGUGCAGGAGGAGGACGAGGAUGAUAUUGUGGCUUAUGAGAGUCGGAGGG